UUGUAAUAAUAUUAUUUUGAUAAAUAUUAUUUCACGUUAUUCCGUCUCGUCACACGUAAUCAAAAUGUAAGGCUCAAAAAAUUCCAGUAGCUUAAUUAAUUGAUUACCUAAACUAUUACUUGUUGGUCAAGAUUCUACUACCCACCUUAUAAUCCCCUCUCUUAUCCUCCUCCCAUUAACUAAAAAAGGAAACUAAUUUUUGUAGUCUUUUUUACAAAUUUUGAUUAGGACUAAGCCUCAACAAUAUUUUUCCUAUUCAUAUUUGGAUUUGGAGAAUUAAAGUUAAUGCAAUUAAAACUUUCUUGUAUCAAUCCAUAUUGAUAUGGGAUUAAGAGAAGCCAAAUAGCUCUAUAAAUAUAAACCAAUACUAUUUCACAUUCUUCAUCACAAAUUUCUUUAGCACUUAAUAGUCCUUAGUUUAUAAACUUGUUUUUCCCUUGUUUGUUGAUCAUGAUCACCAUGCCUAUCAAGCAAGAAAUCAUCGACUUAACGGACGAUUUAGACGAUACCAAUGUCCCCAUGAACACAAGUAAUGAUAUAGUUCCUGUAACCAAUUAUGGUGUUGGUUCUUGUUUUCUUGAUAUUCAAGAAAGUCCUAUGAAGAAGAUGAAACUUGAAACUGAGACUUGUAUGAUUGCUCCUUUGUCAAUUUGUCCUAAGAAUGAAUUCGUAGGAGGUUUCCCUGCUGUUAAUCCAAUUGCUACUAGUUGUAAGCAAUUCUGGAAAGCUGGAGAUUAUGAUGGCAAUAAGGAGGGUGCAUGUCAUGAUCAAACUGUUGUUGGUAUGGAUCAUGUGAGAGUUCAUCCGAAAUUCUUGCAUUCGAAUGCUACUAGUCAUAAAUGGGCAUUGGGUGCUUUCCCUGAGCUUUUAGACAACGCGAUGGAUGAGGUUUGCAAUGGUGCUACAUUUGUUAGCGUAGACGUGCUGGACAAUAAGAAAGAUGUUGGGAGUAAGAUGUUGUUAGUUGAAGACAAUGGUGGUGGAAUGACUCCUGAUAAGAUGCGCCAGUGCAUGUCGCUUGGGUACUCUGCGAAAAGCAAAUUAGCAAACACGAUUGGUCAAUAUGGAAAUGGUUUCAAAACGAGUAGUAUGAGGCUAGGGGCUGAUGUGAUUGUGUUUUCACGGGGGAGGGAUAGAGCAAUGAGCAUGUCGACACAGAGUGUAGGAAUGUUGUCGUAUACUAUUCUAAGGGGCACGGGGAAAGAAGAUAUAGUUGUUCCUAUGAUCGAUUAUUUUGUGAAGAGGGGAGGGACGUGGGAGAUGUUGGUUCGGUCUACAGCUGAUGAUUGGAAGAGGAAUUCGGAGACAAUAGCACAAUGGUCUCCUUAUGAGAACGAACAGGAUCUUUUCCAGCAGUUUGAGUUAUUGAAAGGUGAUCAUGGGACGCGAAUUGUCAUAUACAAUCUUUGGGAGGACGAAGAAGGAGCCCCAGAGCUCGACUUUGACACUGAUCCACAUGACAUUCAAAUAAGGGGUGUAAGUCGAGAUGAAAAGAAGAUUGAGAUGGCGAAAGAAUAUCCUAACCCCAGGCACUUUCUAACUUAUCCACAUUCUCAAAGGAGUUAUGCUUCGAUUUUGUAUCUGAGGCUUGCUCCUGGAUUUCGAAUAAUUUUGAGGGGGGAAGAAGUUGAACAUCAUAAUCUGGUAAACGACAUGAUGCUGUCGGAGGAGAUUACGUACAGACCACAAUCCGUUGGUUAUGAAACAUCGGUAGCAGAAGGAACUAUUGGUUUUGUGAAAGAUGCAAAACAUCAUAUUGAUAUUCAAGGUUUCAAUGUUUAUCACAGGAAUAGGCUCAUUAAGCCUUUCUGGAGGGUGUGGAAUGCUGCUGGCAGCGAUGGUCGCGGUGUGAUAGGCGUCUUGGAAGCUAAUUUUGUUGAACCAGCUCACGAUAAACAGGGCUUUGAGCGCACGAUUGUCCUUGCAAGACUCGAGGCACGCCUGCAAUUUAUGCAGAAGAAGUAUUGGUCUUCAAACUGUCAUUUCAUUGGUUAUGCUAAGCGUCGCAAUGUAAAGAACACUACUGUCUCUCCUGAUCAAGAAGCACCAAACACUUGUUCUGCGCCUACAAGCAAAUCCUGUUCCCCAUUCAGCUCCAAUGUCGGCCACACAACCUGUCAUGAUGAUAGAUCUAAACCGAAAUCAUCCGGAGUAGAACAUGAGACGAGACCCGUUCAUUCUUCAGUAAAGGACAGUUCGGUGCAGGAAGCAUCCCGUGUUUAUAUAGGAUCUGGGGAAGUCCCACACCCAGUUCAAGUUUCAAUACAAGCAGGACGCCAGCCUAUGUAUGUAGAUCAAAAUCAGCAAGUGCGUACACUAAAUGAGCAAGGUCAUCUAACUCGGCAAGAGUGUACAUUGAAUAGGCAUCAUGAUCUAACUCAGCCAACGUGUACAUUGAAUAGACAACCCGAUAUAACUCAGCAAAUGUGUAUAUUAAAUAGGCAAACUGAUGGAACUCCAGUAAACACUUCUGCACCUAAAAGAAACUCCAAUGCUGUGUACUGUCACAUAGAAGUCAAAUACGAACACAUAAUUAAAAAAAAAUUAUCACAGCAUCAACAACAUCGUGGCACUACAUUAACUCAUUAACCGGCAAUACCGAAUAACAAAUUCCAUCUGACAAGAAAAGACAGCAAUUUGACCACCAAUCUUAGCCACUCUGCAUAAUGUCAAGGCUGUGGUAGCGCUUAAAGGGCUUAAAGGGUCCUUUUCCUCCUCUUCUCUCCACUCAAGAGAAAAAACCUUGCAAAACUCUGACUCUUCAGUGAACUCUCUUAUCCUACGUAUAGGCUACAAACCAGUCAUUAUUUUGUUAAAAACGUAAUUUACCAAGAAAACUGACACACUCGAUGCGAGGCAAGCUUCUUGAUUAGCGAUUUCACAGACAUCCUAGCAUGUUGCAGAAGCAAUUACUCUCUCACCAAA